AUGCCAGUUUCUGUGCUACCGGCGGAGUUCCGCUGCUUCCGCCACAUCACGCAAAUCUACGCCCGCAACGUUCCACUGCCUGCGGUGGCGGCGACGCUGGAGGAGGUGGAUGACGGCGGAGUCGAGGCCCCGACAACGGACACCCCAACGAUGUGCGCCGCGGCGCGCCGCGGCCGGCGUGCGGCACUGCGACCGCGUUGUGUCUCGUCGUAUUUUGUCCUGAGUCUCCCGCCGGGCAAAGCCGGCGGCGCGCAGGCCCCGGCGGGCGACCGCCCCAUCUACACGAGCGAGGUGCGGCACGACACGCAAAACCCGGUGUGGGAUCGCAUCCCGGAGACCACUAUCGAGCGGUUUGGGGGAAUCACCCGCUUUGUCUUUUCCCUCUACUGUUGCACGACCCACCCGGAGGCGGCGGCGGCCUCGCCGGAGACUGACUUUUUGUUCUACGAGAUGUUGAUCCAGACCUCCCACGUGGAGUACGUGGCCGCCUCCAUGACGAAGGCGGACGCCUCGCCAAGUCUGCCUUACCACGUCGAAAGCGGGCCGAACUCCUUCGUCGUGCUGCUUCGCUGCACGGACGGCGUCUUCUUUCCGCGGCACCAGGGCGUGCGGCUGGACGAGGGAGGGGCGGCGGCGGACCCCAUCCAGACACCGUACCGCCGCGAGGACGGCGACCGCUCGCGACGCGUGCCAGACGCGGACGCGGCGCGGCCCCGGGGGAAAAACAUCCAUUUCCCGCUGGACAAAAUCACACUGGGCGACCUUAAGACGUGUGCGACAGCCACGUUGGCGUGGACGUACCUUAGCGAGUUGGCGGCGGGACGUCGUGGCGAGCAACAGGACUGCAUCGAUGCGAUGAUGAAGUCGCGUCACGGGGAGGCCGCCGCAGUGGCGCAGCGUGCAAUGUUGGAGGCCCGUCUCGCUGAAGCCCGCGAGGACUUGGAGUGCCUCGCCGGGGAAUUGCACGAGUUACGCGGUCGAUACCAGGAGGAGCAAGCGGCAAUGACGCUGCAGCUGGAGCAGUUGGAGGAGCUGCAGUCAAGCAUAUCCCUCGAGGCGGCUCAUCAAGAAGAGAUGACGAGGCGGCUGCCUGAGCAGGAGCUUUCCCUUGCCACGCUGCGCGUGCAGCUCGACGGCGUCCGACGGGAGCGGCUGGAAGAGCUGCGGGCGAUGUUCCCUAUUCACAAGGGGGCGGCCGGGGCGGCAGACACCAUCUGCGGGCACUGCUUGCCUGAUCGGGGGAGAGGGAUGGGCGUGGCAAGUGACGUGAUGCACGAGUGGGGCCUGGCCCUGGGCGCCACCGCCCACCUCGUCACCACGGCCGCCACAAUUUACGCCUGCGCGCUUCCUCACCCGCUGCUCUUGUGCGGUGGACGCGGCUGCGUGAUGGCGAAACCAGGCCUCGCAGCCGCCGCCGUUGUCUCUCCCUGUACCGGCUUGAGCGAUGUGAAACUUCCACUCUACUGCGCACGCGCCGCUGAUCGCUCGCUAAUGAGUGCGGCGAUGGAGCUCCUGCUGGAGGACGUGGCGGCGCUCGCGAAGGCGAUGGGGCGGCACGAUGUUGCGGCAAACGCCUUGAAUGGUGACUGGCGGUUGGGUGCCAUACUAAAGCAGCUCUUGACGCCUGCGUAG